UAUCGUCGUGUGUACUUGCUACAUGGUAUAAUAUAAAUGUUACAUUACUUAACUGGGAAUUUAAAUACGCAUGCGUCGUGUAUUGCAGCAAUACCUGAACAGCGACCUUAGGUUGGUUCUCUGGAACUACAUAUUAUUGCAGGCAUACUCCGUCUUGAAGCAUAUGAAGGUUUAUGGUAACACUUGUUUGAUUUGAUAACAGACCCAGACAACAGCAUAGGAACAUUUUGGGCGUGUGAUUCAAACUGAACUAAGAAAUUUAUAUAGUUAUGACUUAUGUGGUUUAUUAGUUAAUAGUUAUAUACUUCUUUAGAAAAUUAUUUUUACAAUGCAUUCAGUAUUUUGUUUGUUGUUUUUGACUUCACUGAUUUUAUACAAUGUUCAUUCUGUUUCUGGUUUAAUGUGCUGGCACUGUGACUCACUUCACGAUCCAAAAUGUGUUGACCCAUUUGACAAUAAAACUAUGCCAAUGAAGGAUUGCAAACUGGAACGACUUGAAACUUAUCCAACCUACCGCGGUACAAUGUGUCGUAAAAUUCGUCAAAAAGUUUAUGGAAAAUGGCGUUACUAUAGAAGCUGUGCUUUUUUGGGAGAACCCGGUAUUGGUGGAGAUGAACGUUAUUGCCUAAUGAGAACUGGAACAAAUAACAUAUUUACAGAAUAUUGCACAUGCAAUUCAAGAGAUGGAUGCAAUGGUGCAUUGUCAGUGUCAUUUUCUAUAUUAUCCUUUAUAUCAGCACCUACUAUUCUUAUUUUUACAAGACUGUUAUAGCGCAAUCAUCCAACACUAUAUGAGUAAUAUUUAUGCAGCUUAAAACAACAGUAUUAAUUAUGUUAUUUUUUAAUUUAGUUAACUUAAUUUUUUUUAUUUUGAUAUAUCGAUUAGGUAGGUAAGGACAUAUUGUUAAAUAUCUUUUUUAAACAAUAUUUUUUUUAUAAAAUGAAAUAUUACAAACAAAAAAAAAUUUACUAGCAUUAUUUAAUUGUUAACUGGAAUUAUUCCGUCCAUUAAUAUUAUAAAAUAAAUUUAUAUAUUAGUAUAUAAUACCUGUAUGUAUGUGUUCAGAUUUAGGUUUUUAACAACCUAAACAUUGUUUUAUUAAAAAUUUGUACCAUUCGUACAUUUAACUUUGGUAACUAAAACUUUUUUUUUUAUCAACCAAUAUUUUUCAAGUAGUUAUUGAAAG